AUCAGCUGUGACGUUGCAAAGCUCUUCGGCCACCUGGCCUGCUAGAAUUCUAAAUAAGCGACAGGAUAUUCUUGUUUAGAAUUCUUCAAGCCACACAUCACCAUCAAAAUGCAGGCAGUGCACAACCAUCACAAAACCAGUUAGAUUGGUGGAUUCAACCUUCAUUCUGACUGCUGUGGUCGUAGCAUUGGGCAUUGUCAGUCUUGACACCAGUACGGUAGCACAGAAGCCUACCGGUAUCCCUUGCUCCUAUCAUUCGUUCACAGUUUUGCAGGAACCUGCAAUUCACUCUGUACACCACAAGCUAGCUAGCAUUGGCCACUUCCGCGAACUGGCGGCAGUAUCUACGGUAUACGGUAUAUUAUCCAUCCAACCCGAAGAGAGAGCGCAUUUUCUGUGGGACUACCACCAAGCCAUCACCAUCACAAGCCAUAUUCCUUAUCUGAUCGAUUGAGUUAGUCUACCCUUUUUUCAUUUGCCGAAGAAGAAGAAGAUUCCACCAUGGUCUCCACCAAGAGCAAUCGCCAAACGGCCCUGAGGUUGUCCCUGUUCAUGGGGUACAUGUUGGCUGCCACGCACUCCUUUAACCUCCCAGCACAAAAAAGAUUGCAGUUGAAGCAGGGAAUCACCACUACCACUACCCUUGGAUUGCAGCGAUCCUGGAUUGAGAGGUUCAGAGGGCGUCGCAAUGGCAAAGUUGUGGUCAACCAGUCAUCCUAUGUAAUGGGGCAGCAGCAGCAGCCAGGGAUGGUGGAUGGAGAAACUCUGUUGGUGAACGGAGAUGUGAAUCGCCGUAGAGUUCAACUGGAGAGCCAGUGGCAAACUGCUGUAGUUGAGGUCGAGGCACCGCCAGAACUAGUAGUGGAGGAAGAGGAAGAGCAGGAGACUGCCAAGGGCGCCACGGUUACCUCCUCCACCAUGAAUCUGAUCAAAGUGAUUCUGGGAACAGGGGUAUUGGCGUUGCCCAAUGGAUUGGCGGCUGUUUCGGACCAUCCGGUGGCUCUGCUACCUGCAUGUGCUUUGAUGUCGGUACUUGGACUGUUUAGUGCCUACACUUUUCAGCUCUAUGGGAGACUCACUCAUGAAACACAAGCCAAAUCUAUGGGGGAAAUUUGGGAAGAAACAGUCGGCAAAAAGAGCUCCUGGGUGAUUUCAGCUUCUACCUUUGCCUUCUGCUUUGGGUGUGCCGUGACAUAUUCUCUUGUCAUUGGCGACUUUCUUUCCAGCCUGGCACUGUCGCUAGGCAGUGGAGUUCCUGCAAUGUUUGCCAAACGACAAUUCUGGAUUCUCGGCAUCACCUUGUCAACACUGGCUCCACUCUGCAGCUUGAAAUCACUCGCUGCAUUAGCUCCCAUGUCCAUUGUUGGAACAGCCGGAACACUGCUGACAACCUUCUUCAUGGCCUUUCGGUGUCCUGCCCUUUUCGCUAGCAGUCCCUACAGCGUAGCCCCGGGUGCUGUUGGCAAGUUUGCGGCUGCUGCAGCACCAGCGUUGGCGCCCCAAUUCAACACCUUCUCCAAAAUCAUCUCUCCCGCCUCAUUGAUUAUUGCAGCCAUGGCUACGACAGCCUACUUGGGUCACUUCAAUGCACCAGACUUGUACCAUGGAUUCAAGAAGGAAAAGACAACAACCACGGAAGGUGCAGCAGAACAAACGAAUGCCGCAGUGGCAGCGGACAAGAAGGAAAGCGAAAAGGCGUUGCAGAAAUACAGCCGAAUGACUAGCAUUGGGUUUGUUGGAGUGACACUCUGGAACCUAGUGCUCCUGUCUUUGGGAUUCCUGACAUUCGGAGGUAACUGUGCCGGUGUUGUACUCAACAACUAUGCCACUGCGGACAAAGGUGCUGUCCUUAGCCGUCUCUUGAUGGCAGCGAGUGUCAUUGGCAGCUAUCCAUUCAUGGUGCGAGCGUGCAAGUCUACUUUUGUCCAACUCUACAGUGACAUUCGAAAGGUGAAAUCCAAGUCCAAUAUGGAAAGCAAAGUAGGCCGUGCAUUGCUGGCCAUUGUGACAUCGUUGUCGCUGCUGGUGAGCGACGCUGGGUUGGUAGUCAGCUUGAACGGUGCCUUGUUGGGAUCCGCCAUCAUCUACAUCUUCCCAGCACUCAUGUUCUUGGCGCACACUGGCAACCAAGUCAAGGCUGCUGGAGGCGUAGUAUCAAGAAAGCUGAGACUAGAACGCUGGGCAAGCAAGUUCUUGGUGGCAUUUGGAGCCGUAUCAGGACUUGUGGGAGCGGCCGUUACCCUCAUCAAUUCCUUUGCUCCACACUUGCUGCGUUAGACUAGACGUCAGCGCACCACAAUUUUGAACAUAGACACAACUCUGAAGAGACCAGAGAACACAUAAACAAGAAGUAUAACAAAUUCACGAGAACACAU